UAAAGUUGGCAAUAUGCAAAUUAAAGACAAAAAAAAACAGUUUCUUUUCAGUUCAAAAAGAAUAUGGCCGUGUUAGGGCCGUGUGUAAGUGUAAAUAUGAAUGGGCACAAUAAUAUUCAUAGUCAGUUAACAAAAUCGUUAGAGAGAAUUUUGGAAGAUGCUUAUUUGAGUGGUGAAUUAAAACUUAGUGGACGCAAGUUGAAGGAGUUUCCUAAACCAGUGAAGUAUGACCUGAGCGAUACAGUUGUUGCUGAUCUGUCCAAAAAUCGAUUCAGUGAAUUACCAGAUGAACUCACGUCAUACGUGUUUUUAGAGAAGUUACUAUUAUCACAAAACAUCAUCAGAACAGUUCCAAAUGCAGUUGGAGGUCUCCAAUCGCUUACAUAUUUAGAUUUAAGUUCAAACCAGCUCACAGAAUUACCACGUGAAGUAUGCCAGAUGCCACUUCAAGUGCUAUUAGUACCCGACAAUAUGCUAAGUACCUUACCGAAGGAGAUUGGCAAGAUGACCUCGUUGGCUGAGCUGGACGCCUCGAACAACAGGCUAACGCAAGUCCCCAUGACACUUGGGGAUUGCGCUGGUCUGCGGGCACUCGACCUUAGCAAUAAUCAGUUGGGACUACUGCCGUUACAGAUCACAUACCUUAAGUUGGAACACCUGGACGUGAGCUGCAACUGCAUAUCUUCACUGCCACUGGAACUCCGAAACAUGAACACAAUAAUUACGCUAAAUUUGGACAACAAUCCCCUCGUUUCCCCACCUACUACAAUAUGCAUGCGCGGGCGUGUGCAUAUAUUCAAGUACCUAGAAAAUAUGGCAAACAAAGAUUCACUGCCGGCACACAGACGAGUGGACGACACAAGACGGUCAGCAAAACACAGUUCUUACAUCAACAACUCCCCAAACCAAAGUACGACGCAUCAAAUCAUUUCGGGCAACGCUACCAUAGACUGCUUGAGGCAUAAGCCAAGGCAUGUCGUUGAUAGUGGAUACAGCACUGAUGGAGUCGACAAACGAUGGUCUAAUGAUGGUGGCGGCGAGGCCGGUGGAGGGGGUGGCAGUGGUCGAUCAACUCCGAGCACACCAUCCACAUUAUCACCAGGCGCAGCGCUGUCCAGGGCCCAGUCUUUAUCCAGUGAAACUCCUCUUGCACCACUCACCCCUUUACUCUCCGGCGUCCGUAUUUCACCCGAUGGGAACAUGUCGAAUGGCGACGAUAAGAGUAAAUUAGCCCAUCAACAAACCUACAGACAAUACAAAGAAGCCUUAAGACAGCAGCGUCAGCAAGACAUCUACCGCCCUCGCACGGACCAGCCCUCCCCCGAGCUGGACUCUUCCCCGCACUCCCAAAACCAGAGUCCCAUCCACCAGAAAUCCUCCCACUCUCCAGUGAACGGAUACAGUAGUAAUGUAUCACCUAGUCUAUACAAAACCGCCUCUUCCAAUAGUAGUCUAUCCAAUACCUCAUCCCCAAAUCUAUCCCAAGUGCCAAACUCCCCACUCCUACACUCAACCCCCAGAAGAUACCAAAACCAGACAACAAAUGGAAACGGUGUCGUUGAAAAACAAGAAGAGAACAAAAGGCCCGUGCAAAAAGUAGUGCCAUCGAGAAAUGUUAAUAGUAAGGUAUACUCGACUGUUAACGGCAAUGUGGAAUAUAAUGGACGCGUUAAUGGUCAAACAGAUACGUACAUUAAACCCACAUCCCCAUCAAAAUCUCCAACGAAUACCAUAGGGUACAACAGUCUAGGUAAGUCGAGUAUACCCCGGCAAGUGAACGGCGACAGUACUAAGUUGCUGACAACUAGUGUGUCGUAUUUAAAAGGUGCUGCACCAAAGCCCCCCGGCAAGAUGGCGUGGAAUAAAGACGCUCCGGUGGACAAACUCAGCUUUACUAUGAAAAGGGAAUUCGAUAAGCAGAAGGAAGAGUUGGAUCUGCUGACGCAGUUACGAUCGAUAAUUGAGUCCCGGCUGAAGAUGUCCCUCCCGGAGCAGUUGGCGCCGGUACUGAGUGACGGGGUAGUGCUGUGUCACCUGGCCAACCACGUGCGGCCACGCUCCGUCGCCUCCGUGCACGUACCCUCGCCUGCACAGCCCAAGCUAACAAUGGCUAGGUGUAGAAGAAACGUGGACAAUUUUCUAGAAGCGUGUCGAAAAAUUGGAGUUGAAGAGGAGGUCAUCUGUUCGCCCGAAGACAUACUGGGGAACCUGCACGGAGACGGAGACCUGAGUGUCGUGCCUCUCGCUCGCACAGUGACCGCUCUCCUCACACACGCCACGCCGCCUCCCUGCGCUAGUAGGGAUAUCCGACCCGACACACUAUAUACACACACACACGCCCACGAACAAGCCGACGAGUAUUACACCACUAACGAUCCUGACUCAUCUAUCGAAGUCAACUACUACCAAAGGCAGCUUAGAAGAUACUCCGAAGAACGAUUCAUUAGCAACUUCAAUUUCUCCGACAACAAUCAACCCUACACCAUCGAUGAAUCCGAGGAAUAUCAAAACAACGAGAACAAUAACACGGACUCAGGCAUACACUACUCACCGGUUUACGGGACAAACGAACUAAGGAAUAGAGGACCCUACUAUCAGACCAACAGAGUCCAAUUCGUGACGCCUUUCUGCAAGGAGGAUCACAUACUAAAAAGUGAUAAUUUCGAAAUAUACGAUACCGACGAAGUUGAUUUUCCAACGGAAUUAUUGAGGGAACAGGUUGAUACUGAGAGAUAUGACAGGGGUAAAAUGAAUCUCCAAAUACAGAAUAAUCUGAACAGUGUGAUUUCUACUGAGACUGAGGCUCCCAAGGAGGUCGAGAACAAAGUUCUUUUCACUUGCCUAUGCCUUGGCACGUUUAUCGUGUCCACCAUUUUGCUAAUCAUGUACCCAUUGUAAACUUAUUUUUACGUAUGACCGACGAUUGAAUACCUCAUUUUUAAUGUUCAUUGAAUUAUACAAUAUCCAGCCAAAUCAAUCUUAUCUGAUGCACUUUGCACUAUGCACUUAUAUUUACCGACAUCGAAACAGGAGAAGUUUAUGUGAAAUAAAUUGAUACGAACAGUUUACGAAUAAAAUAAUAUAAUAAAAAAUAACUGUGCAUAAGUAUAAUAAGCUACUGUUAUAACGAACGAAAUCCUGUACGAACUAAGCACAAACGAAACAAUUCAAAAGAAACUCAGUCGGUUAUUUUUGCAUUUUCCAUUUUGCCAAUUUGUACUUUGUCAAGAGUGGUCAUGCUUAUAUAAAUUUGCCUUUAACACAGUCUGACUGUGAAUGGUUUACGAAUUUGAAAUGAGGCUAGUUUUUUUUAAAUGAUCUUAAAACCAGAAGUCUGAAAGGAAUUGGAAGGUAUUUCGAAGGAUUUUAUACAAAGGAAUUUGUAUUAUUAAUAAUUAUAAAGACAUUUACGGUUGCAGUUGAUUGUAAUUUGUUUAUUUGUAUUGAUUGGUAUAGAUUUAUAAAUUAAGAAAUUGGUUAUAAUUCCAUACGUUAUUAGUUCAUUCCGAUUGGAGGCAUUUAAAUUUAUUAGUUAGUUUGUUUUUUUAUAUACAUUUAUUUACUUAAAUAUUUUGCCAAUUGGUUGCUAUUGUCGGCUAUUUUUUGCGUUUGAUUUUUAUAUAACGUUUUGCAGACUGUAGUUUAAGCUGAAUGUAACAUACACUUGAGUCUUGU